AUGGAAAAAGGAGGAAGAGCCGGGUCAUCUGAUAUGUCAGCUGGUUGGGAACGCGUCUCCGACAAUUCGCAGGUACUGUACUCUUUUUUUUGAAUUCUUGAGUUUGAUCUGCAGGUUAUUUUCUACAGUACUUCUCACCCUUUAAAGCUGUUCAUUUUCUAAUUGAUCUAGUAAUUUUUGGAAUUUUCCGGCACAAUUUUUGUUGGGUACUGUAGAGGAUUUUUGAACCUUCAAAAUAUUUAUCUAACCAUUAUUGGCACAAUUUUCAUUAGGUUACUGUAGAGGAUUUAUAAAUCUAGAAAAUAUCGAUAAUUUGGAACAGUACUUUAGAGAGGGGGUUACUGUACUUUAGGGAGCUCCAACUUUAAAGAUCAUUAUUUUUUAUCCAGUUUAUUCUACAGUACUCAUGUUCCUUUAAUCUCCCUGAUUUUGUACAAAAAUGUUCCCUUACCUUAGCUUCCAAAAAUUUGAUCCAUAUUUUUCUGUGCAACCAAAAAAUUUUUGUUUUAUAAAAAAAUUCCUUCUCACGGUGUAACAAAGGACGGUUUUGUGGCUGUGCAUUUUUAAUCAAAAAAUUCUUUCUGUGGGCGAUUUUUAAAAUGAAAAAUUUUUUGUGCAAAACGCCCACUGUUUUUUUCUGGUUUCUUGGCUGGAAAUUUUUUUUUCUUUUUGAAACAAAAAAAAACUGGUCUGGUUGUGUAGAUAAGUUUUUUUUGCCCCGCCAAGAAUUCCUAACCAACUGGUUUGCUUUAGAAGAAAUUAAAACACGGGUGGCUUUCCAUUUCCAGAGAUAAACAUCUAUCCGAAAACCGUUUUCCUCAGCAGCAACAGAAAAAUCGAAGUUACGUUAAGUGUAAACGACCUUCUAAAAGGGCCUUAUAAAAGAAGUCUUUAGAUAUCAUAAAAUACAAUCUUUUGCCCUAUUUUAUUACUUUGAACCUUGGAAUUGUCUUGAAAAAUAUAUUAGUUUUCCGCGUUCCGCGUACUUCGGAAAACUAGGAUUCUUUGAAUGAAUGCUCGCCGACAUUUUCAAGCUUCCUGAGCAUUGCUCAAAAUAUUUUCGAGCUUCACCACAAGCGGAAUAAUUUCUGGCUCCCCAAAAAAUCCUAAAUUCCGAGUCCACCGACCUUUUUUUGUCUUGUCUCCAAGACACGUCGUUUUAUCUAUCCGUCUUCAUCGACCUUCUACUUUUCUCUUUUCCCCCAACCGUUUUUCGCUACCCCAUCCAUGUCCAGCCACCUUUUAAUUCUUCACUCUCUCUAAGGCGGUCUUCUUCUCCCCCCAUUCCCUUCCCAUUUGGGAGGUAGAAAAGAAAGAAAAAGAUCCGAGAGAUUUUUCUCGACGAUAGAUAAGACGAUUUGAGGAGACCGAUCCCGAGGCCCCGCCCACCUCUCACAUACGAUUUUUUUUUGCCUUUCUUUUCCCCAUCUUAUUUUCUCGGCCGGCCUCCGGCCACCCCAAAUUUUUUUGUGUUUGUUGCGCUAUUCUCUCUCUGCCCCCGACCUCAUAUAAAGCGCUUUUUGGAUUUCAGUUUCAGUUUCAGUUUCAGUUUCAGUCUUACAUUUAGUUUCGAUCUAAACCUUUUGAUUUUUGUAAAAAAAAACCUUCAACUUAUGAUAACUCAAUAAUUUUUAAUAAUUUUCCAAAAAUAAAUCGAAAAAUUUUUACAGUCUGGUGAGAGCAUGAGCUCUGAAGCAACAUCGUGGUGGAAGAAUCAAGACGAUAUCGUCAUUUCGGGAGUCUCGGGCCGAUUCCCAAGGUGAGAGAGGGGAAUUUGGGAAGUGGGGAGCUAAAAAAUUUGAGCUCUAGAUUUUUACAGAUUAUUAGGCUUAGAUGUAGGCUUGGGAACAUUUAUUAGGCUUCUGAAAAUUAUAGAAGCAAAAUUUUUAAUUCUAGAAUCUUGGCUCAGGCUUCAAUGUCCUUCUCAGAAGUCUUCUGGAUCUUUUUAAAGUCUUCGAGAACAUUCUGAAGCCUCCUAAAGUCUUCGGAAACCUUCUAGAGCCUUCUGAAGCCUUUUUAUGCCUUCUGACGCCUUCUGAAUCCUUCAAAAGCCUUCUGAAGUCUUUUGGAGCUUUCUCAAGAUUUCAGAAGCCUUAUCAGUCUUUUUAAGGCCUUCUGGAGCCUUCUGAAGCCCCCUGAAAUCUCCUGAAGCCCCCCAAAACUCUCCAAAACCCCAAAAUCUCAUUUCCAGAUGCGAAAACGUCAAAGAAUUCGGAGACAUGUUGCUGGCCGGUGAAGAUCUCGUCACAGAAGACGAUCUCCGAUGGCCGCCAGGCUUCUACGAUCUUCCAAAACGUCACGGAAAACUGAAGGAUUUGAAAAAGUUCGACGCACAAUUCUUCUCAGUCACGCCAAAACAGGCGAAUUUCAUGGACCCACAAGUCCGCAUUUUAUUAGAAGCUUCGUGGGAGGCGAUGGUUGACGCUGGUUAGUUUUUUUUUUUGCGGCUUGGAUAGACUUAGGCUAAGUUAAAGCCGAUCUAAAAAAUGAAAAAAAUAAAAAAUGCUGAUCUACAGAUUUUUUGGAAUUUUUUGGCACAAUUUUUAGAGGGUUACUGUAGAGGAUCAUAAAAUCUUGAGAAUAUUGAUCUACACAUUUUUAGAAUAUUUUGGCACAAUUUUUGAUGGGUUACUGUAAAAGCUCUCUAGGUUACUGUAGAGGAUUCUUGAUAAUAUUGAUCUACACAUUUUUGAACUUUUUGGCACAAUUUUUGAAGGGUUACUGUAGAAGCUCUCUGGGUUACUGUAGAGAAUUUUUAUGCCUUGAGAAUGUUGAUCUACAGAUAAAAAAAAGACAGGAAUUUUGGGAUUUUUUCCAGAAUUUUCUAGAUCUUCCAGAAUUUUCUAGAUGUCCUUGUCAUUCAUUCAUUUUUUUCUGGCGGAUACAGAUCUCGAGGAGAUAUUAGAGAAACAAAUAAAUGUACCCUGUUGUACCUACCGCCGUGUAACCUUGAAAUACUGUGUGACAUGUCAUCUUCUUGUUCUUCUCCCCCUUCUUUUUUUCUCACUAACUGCUGACCAAUAUCUCCAUGUUUUACACAGUAUUUCACAAUGUUCAUGACGAGAAAAAAGUGGGAUGGUGGUUUUUUUUGGCCCGGAUCAAGAAAAAUGUGUGAAUCAUCGGGGAUUUUUUGAGAAAAAUUGAGAAAAAUGACGUCAUUUUUAGGGUUUGGUACUGUACUUGCACAUCUUACUAGAAAAAUUUGGCGAAAUUGUUGAUCUACAAAAUUCUGAGAACUUGAAAAUUGUGAUCUACACUUUUUCUGGAACUUUUGGCACAAUUUUUGAUAGGUUACUGUAGAGCAAUCUUAAACCUGAGCAAUGUUGAUCUACCAAUAUUCAAAAACCUUUUGGCACAAUUUUUAAGGGUUACUGUGGCUGCAGAGCUACAGUAACAAAGCUUCUAUGAAUGAUAAAUCCAGAAAAUUUCAAAAUGUUCCUGGAAAUCUACAAGCUACAGUAACCCUCUAAGCUUCUGGAUAAAAAAAAGUGGAGAAAAUUCUCUGUGAGUCAUCCAGAAUGUUUUUUUUUUUGAAAAAAAAACGAUCAAUAAUUUUUUGGGGGUACGGUACAAAAAUGUUUCUUUUUUCCAGGAAUCAACCCAAUCGAUUUGCGAGGUUCACGAACCGGAGUGUUCGUCGGAUGCUCGGCAUCCGAAACAUCUGGAGCAUUGACACAAGAUCCUGAAACAGUGACGGGCUACACUUUGACAGGAUGCGUUCGCUCAAUGUUCUCCAAUCGUAUUAGUUACACUUUUGAUUUGCAAGGACCAUCAUUUUCGGUGGAUACCGCUUGCUCUUCUUCACUUUUGGCACUUCAAUUGGCUAUUGAUGCUAUUAGACAGGUUUGUGCCGCUUUUUUUGAUGAAAAUUUGAUAAAAAACACAUUUUUCUGUCCAAAAACACAAGUUUAAAGGAACAUUCUCUAAAAACAUAGCCAAUUUCAUCGUGCUCCUUUAAACAUAUCCUAUUUUUCUACAGUACUCCUUGAGCAGAGCAAAGUUCAAAAGCACAAAAACCAGAAUUUUUUAAAUCUUGAGAAAAUCACAAGAUCAAAGUUCAAUUUCUCAAAAAAAAAUCAUACGAUUUUUUUAAACGAUUUUAACCUACAGUAAGAAUUAAUAUGAGCAAUGUCUAAAUUUUUGUGUUUUUUGUAAAUGUUUGAAUCUAAGGGGGUGUGGGAUACUGUAGAUCUAGUUUUGGCUCCAAAAUCUGAAGGCUUCUAGGUUACUGUAGAUCAAAUUUUGGCUCUAAACUCUGGGGGCUGUGGGUUACUGUGGAUCAUGUUCUGACGGAAAAAUAUAGUGGUAUUCUGAGAUACUGUAGAUCAAAUUUUAACUUCAAAUUCUGAAGGUGUCCAGGUUACUGUAGAUCUAAAUUUAGCUUCAAAAUCUGAAGGCUUCUAGGUUACUGUAGAUCAAGUUUUGGAUCCAAAAUUUGGGGGUAUUCUGAGAUACUGUAGAUCAGUUGAAUCAAAAUUUUCAGAUGUGAAAAAAAUCCAAAUCUGAAAAAAAAUCUCAAAUAACAUAUUUGCAGAGACAAUGUGACGCGGCAAUCGUCGCCGGUGCUCACCUCACCCUCACCCCGACCGCAGCUCUCCAAUUCUUGAGAUUGGGCAUGCUCACAGACAAAGGAAGUUGUCGGUCAUUCGACGAUUCCGGCGACGGCUACUGUCGUACCGAAGGUGUUGCCGCCAUCUUCAUCCAACGCAAAGAAAAAGCGCAACGCAUCUACGCCACCGUUCUCCACGCCAAAUCCAACACCGAUGGUUAUAAAGAGCAAGGUAUCACAUUCCCGUCUGGCGAGCGACAAGCUCAACUUCUCGAAGAAGUCUACUCCGAAGCUGGUGUCGAUCCAAAUUCCGUGUACUACGUGGAGACUCACGGAACUGGAACUAAAGUCGGUGAUCCACAAGAAGCCAAUGCGAUUUGCCAAGUCUUCUGUUCCAACCGAACAAAUCCACUGCUCAUCGGAUCAGUGAAAUCGAACAUGGGACAUGCUGAACCAGCAUCUGGAGUUUGUUCAUUGGCCAAAAUCUUGAUGUCCAUCGAACGACAAACUCUUCCACCAAAUCUUCACUACAAUACACCAAAUCAAUAUAUUCCGGGAUUAGUUGAUGGGCGUUUGAAGGUUGUCACUGAGCCAACUCCAUUACCGGGUGGUAUUAUUGGUGUCAACUCUUUUGGUUUUGGUGGAUCGAAUACUCACGUCAUUUUGAGAGCUGCUGAUCAUGUUGCACCUGCUUUGACUGCACCAAGCUUCCCCAAAAUUGUUACGUGAGUUUUUUCUGAAAAUUUUAAGCCUAAAUAUAGUUAUGUUUGGGCUCAAAAUGCUCCCUAGAUUUUGAAUUUUCCAAGUUUCCGCAAAGUUACUGAAAAUUUAGAGCCUAAAUAUAGUGGUUUUUGGGCUCAAAAUGCCUCCCUAUUUCACGUAGAUUUUAAAAUUUCCAGUUUCAGCCAAGUUUUCUGAAAAUUUUAAGCCUAAAUAUACUAGUGUUUGGGCUAAAAAUGCUCCAAAUAUCAAGUAGAUUUUGAAAUUUCAAAUUUCAGUCAAGUUUUCUGAAAAUUUCGAGCCCGAAUAUAGUGAUGUUUGAGCUCAAAAUGCUCCAAAUUUCACCUAGAUUUUAAAAUUUCCAAUUUCAGCCAAGUUUUCUGAAAAUUUCAAGCCUAAAUAUAGUAGUGUUUGGGCUCAAAACACUCCAAAUAUCAAGUAGAUUUUGAAAUUUCCAAUUUCAGCCGAGUUUUCUGAAAAUUUCAAGCCUAAAUAUACUAGUGUUUGGGCUAAAAAUGCUCCAAAUAUCAAGUAGAUUUUGAAAUUUCCAAUUUCAGCCAAAUUUUCUGAAAAUUUCGAGCCUAAAUACAGGGGUGUUUGGGCUCAAAAUACUCUGCCAAGUUUUCUGAAAGUUUUAAGCAUAAAUAUAAUACUGUUUGGGCUCAAAAUGCUCCAAAUCAUAAGCCAUUUCCAAAAAAAAUUCCAAAAAUCUUUCAGCUACCCUGGUCGUACCCAAGACGCCGUCGAAAGCAUCUUCGAAAACAUCGAAAACAACAAAGACGAUCAAUAUCUCCAAGCUCUUCUCGCCAAUCAAUCCAACCUUCCAGCCAAAGAUCUCCCCUUCCGUGGUUACAUGUUGAUCAAUCGCGAAAACAAUCAAGUCGCCUUGAAGAACAUCACCAAAGUUCCAAUCACCGAACCACGGCCGAUUUAUUUCGUCUACUCUGGAAUGGGAUCACAAUGGCCAGGAAUGGCGAUGAAAUUGAUGAAGAUUCCACUUUUCGAUGAAUCCAUCAGAGCCUCCAGCAAAACUCUUGAAGAAUAUGGUUUGGAUGUUCAUGCGAUGUUGAAUAAUCCAGAUCCAGCUCAAUAUCAAGGCAACACUUUGAACUGUAUGUUGGCAAUCACUGCGAUCCAAAUCGCUCUCACCGACACUCUCUUCGCCCUCGGCGUCACUCCAGAUGGUAUCAUCGGACAUUCGACUGGUGAAAUGGGAUGUGGUUAUGCGGACGGUGGAAUCACCCGCGAACAAACCAUGCGACUCGCUUAUCAUCGUGGUACAACUAUCAUGAAGCACACCGAGAUCAAGGGAGCUAUGGCUGCAGUUGGGCUAACUUGGGAGCAAGUCAAAGAGCAAGCUCCGGAAGGUGUUGUUGCUGCCUGUCACAAUGGCGCGGAUUCGGUGACCAUUUCUGGAGAUGCUGAUGGUGUCGCAAAAUUCUGCGCGGAACUUCAAGAAAAAGAGAUUUUCGCCAAGGUCGUUGACUCCAGCGGCAUCCCAUUCCACUCGCCAGCCAUGCUUGCUGUCAAGGAUGAGAUGUUGGAGUCGAUGAAGCAAGCGGUUCCUGAACCGAAGCCAAGAUCUUCUCGCUGGAUCUCGACAUCAGUGCCAGAAGAAGAUUGGGAAUCGGAUCUCGCCGCAACUUGCUCUGCAGAUUAUCACGUGCACAACGCAUGCUCACCGGUGCUCUUCUACGAAGCUCUUCAGAAAAUUCCAGCCAACGCAGUGACCAUUGAAAUGGCUCCACAUUCAUUGAUGCAAGCGAUUCUUCGCAGAUCUUUGCAGAAAACUGUGACAAAUGUUGGACUCAUGAACAGACCAAAAUCGGAAAAUGACGAUGAACUUGAGAGCUUCUUGGGAUCCCUCGGAAAGAUCUACCAAGCUGGAGUGAAUAUUCAAAUCAGCGAAUUGUAUCCAGGCGGUCAAUACAAGGGUGUUGUUCCAAAAGGAACACCAAUGAUUGGUCCAAUGUGGAAAUGGGAUCAUAGUAUUGAUUGGCCAACCAUCGAUGGGCGACAAAUGAUUGCUGGAGGUGGUGGAGGUAUUGGUGCAUCAGCCACUUAUAAUAUUGAUCCAUUUGCGGCUGACUCGAAAGAAGCAUAUUUGUUGGAUCAUUGUAUCGAUGGACGUGUUUUGUAUCCGUUUACCGGGCAUAUGGUUUUGGCGUGGAAGACGUUGUGCAAAUUGAAGGGUGUUGAUUUCCAGAAAACACCGGUUGUUUUUGAGAAUAUUAAUGUUUAUUCGGCCACUAUUGUUACCAAGCCAAGUGAGUUCUUUUUUUUCAAAAAAAAUCAUCAAAAUUUUCUGAAAAUUUAUUUGAAAAAUUUCACAAGUUUAGAAUCUUUUCUAGAUUUUUCGGAAUUUCUAGAAUUGUUUCCAGAUUUUUAAAAUAUUUUUGAGAUGAAAAGGAGCCGCGCCUUGAGGUCAUCUGUGACAAGCAGUCGCGCCUUGAGAGAUUUUAUUAGAAGCAGUCGCGCCUAGAAAUCACUCUCGAGUAGUAGCCGCGCCUUUAGAGCAUCUACGACAAGGAUCCGAGCCUUGAGAGAUUUUAUGAGAAGCAUCCGCGCCUAGAGAUCACUCUCGAGUAGUAGCCGCGCCUUUAGAGCUUUUCUGACACGAAACUGAGCCUUUAGAGCCUCAAUGACAAGGAGAUGCGCCUUGAGAGCUUUUUCGAGAAGCAUCCAAGCCUUGAGAUGCCGAAGGAGAAGCAUCCGCGUCUAGAAAAUUCCUCUGACAAGCAGCCGCGCCUGGAGAUCACUCUCGAGUAGUAGCCGCGCCUUUAGAGCUUUUCUGACACGAAACUGAGCCUUGAGAGCCUCACUGACAAGGAGAUGCGCCUUGAGAGCUUUUUCGAGAAGCAUCCAAGCCUUGAGAUGCCGAAGGAGAAGCAUCCGCGUCUAGAAAAUUCCUCUGACAAGCAGCCGCGCCUAGAGAUCACUCUCAAGUAGUAGCCGCGCCUUUAAAGCCACUCUGACAAGUAUCCGCGCUUAGAAAACCACUAUGGCAAGCACUAUGAAGCCUUUAAAAUUUCAAAAACCUCCCCACCCUCAUCUUCCCAUUAAAAAAUCAAUAAUUUCCAGUCAAACUCGAUGUCAUUCUCACCCCUGGAAACGGCUACUUCGAAAUCAUCUCAGACGAACAAGUCGCCGCGUCCGGAAAAAUCUACAUCCCCGACGAAAACCAACCAUUCUACUACGGUAAACUCGAAGACAUCCGCACCUCCGAAAUCGCCGAUCGCAUCGAAUUGGACACCGAAGACGCCUACAAAGAGUUCCUCCUCCGUGGCUACGAAUACGGACAAGCGUUCCGCGGCAUCUACAAAACUUGCAAUUCCGGCGAGCGCGGUUAUCUUUACUGGACUGGAAAUUGGGUCACAUUCUUGGAUUCACUCCUGCAAACCGCCUUGUUGGCUGAAAGAGCUGAUACUUUGAGAUUGCCUACAAGAGUUCGACAUUUGAGAAUUGAUCCAACCAAACAUUUGGAACAUGUUUUGGAAAAAGACGGAAUUCAAGUCGUUGAACUUCGCAACGACCACGCGACCAAUGGUUGCAUCGCUGGAGGUGUUGAAUGCUGCGAUCUCACUGCUCACAGCGUUGCUCGACGCAUCCAUUGCUCAGGUCAACUUUAUCAAGAGAAGAUCUUCUUUGUUCCACAUUUUGAUGAUAAUUGUUUGAAAGAGCAUCAAAAUGUUGCUGACAAAUUGAUUCAAUAUUCGAAGGUUGUUCGAAGAGAAUUGAAGAAUGGAUUCGAGAAAUGGGAGAAAUUGGGCUUGUUGAAGAAAUUGAGAAAUGGAAGUUUGUUGGAAACCGCGUUGGCCGCUUUGGAAGCGCAUAAUUAUGAUGAGAUUACUGAGGAGAUGAUUCAACAUUUCUUGAACGAUGGAAAAUGCACUGUUCUUCAUCAUUUUGUUGAGGUGAGUUGGUUUUUCUGCAGAAUUUUAGCCUUGAGAUGCGCCUAUAAAUCAUUCAUGAGUAGUAGAUUCGCUUAGAGAGUCACCUCGACAAGCAGCCGCGUCUAGAGAAUUUCUACGAGAAGCAGCCGCGCCUAGAAAUCUCAAAUUCCGCAUCUCGAGACGACCCCGGGAAGCAGCUUAGCCUUAGCAAUCUCUGUGACAAGUAGUCGCGCCUAGAGAAUAUCUAUAACAAGCAGCUUCGCCUAGAGAUCUCAUAUGAUAAGUAGCCGCGCCUUGAGAUCUCAUAUGAUAAGUAUCCGUGCCUUAAGAGUCACCUUGACAAGCAGCCACGCCUAGAGAACGGUCUAUGAGAAGCAGUCGCGCCUAGAGAAUGACUAUGAUAAGUAGCUAACCCUUGAGAACUUCUACAACAAGCAGCCAGGUCUUGAGAAUCUUCACGACAAGCAGCCGCGCCUAGAAAAUUUCUACGACAAGCAGCCACGUCUUGAGACCACAUUGACAAGGAGCUGUGCCUAGAGAACCCAAAAAAUCGAAAUUAAAAUUCUGAAAUUCGAAUCUAGAACUCCAUAUUUUCCAGCUUUUCAAACUCGACGGUGGCGAAGACUUCGAAGAACAAGUCAUCAGCCGCAUCAAGAGCGUUCGCGGAAUCUUCGAACUCGACCGCCUUUGGGCAGCUUCCGCAACCUGCGACCGCAUCUUGAAAGUUGUCCAAGACAUCUGCAUCGAAAAUUCAGCUGGUCACAACGUCAAAAUGGCUGCCAUCGAUUUGGUGUCCACUGAUCAAUUGCGUCAUUGUAUCGAAGCCAAUGCUUCUCACCCACUUUUGGAAGUCGAUUACACAGCUGCUGGUGCAAAUAUUGAUCGUCUUGAUGAUAACACCAUGGAAAUUCUUGGUGCCAAAAAACAAAAAUUGGCUUUGGAUGAGAAUUUCAGUGGAAAUGGCGAACUCAAAAACCUCGAUUACAUUUAUUUGGACAAAAUUUUGAAUCAAAAAGUCAACCCGGUUGCUUACCUUCAAGCUGCAAGAAACUUGAUUCGCGACGAUGGAUUCAUUAUCAUCACCGAAGUCACUUCUCAAUUCGAAGUCGCUUUGGCAAUCGAAGCAUUGUUGGGAGUUGAUGUUGCUGUUAGCCACGAAGAAGAUCGACACUACAAACGAUUCUUCAGCCAUGAGCAACUUUUGAAGAUCUUCAAGGAAUCUGGCUACAAACUUUGCUCAUAUCAAAGUGAUCCAUCAACAAUGACAACAACUUAUGCGAUUCGUGGUGAAGCGAUUGCACCAAGAGAUCCAACAUUUGUUGAUCUUGAUGAUAUCAAGGAUUUCACUUGGGUUGAACCACUUCAGAAAAUUGUUGAAGAUCGGCUCAAUGAGCCAGAUUCCAAGACAAUUUGGCUCGUUUCCAACAAGGUUCGAAACAAUGGAUUGGUCGGUUUGUCAUUGUGCUUCAAUGAGGAGAAUUUGAAAGCAAAUCGUUUCCGAAGUGCUUUCGAUAUGUCGACAGUGAAGAAGAUUCGUGAAGGACCACCAGUUUGGAGUGUGAAUGAUAAGGAGAUUCAGGAGAUUAUCAAAUUGGAUCUUCAUGCUAAUAAUUAUAAGGAUGGAGUUUGGGGAUCGAUGAGACAUAUUGUUGUCAAGGAUGGUGAGUUGGCCUAAAUUCAAAGGGCUCUGAAAGUUCUUUUGAAACUUUCUGAAACUUCCUAACGGUUUUGGGUGUAUUUUGAAGCUUCGGAAAGCUUUCUGAAACUCUCUGAAAUUUUGUUGGGCCUCCUUAUGAUGUCCGUAGCUCUUUAAUGUCUUUUGAAGCUUUUUCAAAUUCUCUGAAACCUUUUAAAGCCUUCUGAAGCAUUCAAAUGCCUUCUGAAAGUCUCUGAAGCUUCUUGAAGCCUCUUGAAAAUCUCUGAAGCCUUUUAAAGCCCUCUGAAGCUUCCCAGAGCCUUCUCAAGCUUUCUAAAACUUCCGGAAGUUCCCUAAAGUCUUCCGAGGCCCCCCAAGCCCCCAUAAUUCCAAAAUCAUUUUGCAGAAGACUCGCACGUCUACAAAGAUUGCGAACACGCCUUCAUCAACACCCUGACCCGCGGAGACGUCUCCUCGCUCACCUGGUUCGAAUCACCCAACCAAUACUUCGACGCGAUCGCCAACAAAAAAUCCACGCACGAACUCUGCUACGUCUACUACGCUCCAAUCAAUUUCCGUGACAUUAUGCUCGCCUACGGUCGCCUCCCACCAGACGCCAUUCCAGGCAACUUUGCCGAUCGCGAAUGUCUCCUCGGUAUGGAAUUCUCCGGAAGACUCAAGGAUGGAACGAGAUUGAUGGGAAUUCUACCAGCGCAAGCUUUGGCUACUUCAGUUAUGGUCGAUCGUGAUUAUGCUUGGGAAGUUCCAGCAACUUGGACUCUUGCUGAAGCCGCAACUGUUCCAGUUGUCUACACCACCGCUUACUACGCUUUGGUCAGACGUGGACAGAUGAAGAAGGGUGACAAGGUUCUGAUUCAUGGUGGAGCUGGUGGUGUUGGACAAGCUGCGAUUGCUAUCGCUUUGGCUGCUGGAUGUGAAGUGUUCACUACAGUUGGAUCGAAGGAUAAGAGAGAAUAUUUGAAGAAGAAGUUCCCACAACUUCAAGAGCAUCAUUUCGCGAAUUCAAGAUCUGCUGAUUUCGAACUUCACAUUCGACAACAUACCAAGGGAAGAGGAGUGAAUAUUGUGCUCAAUUCAUUGGCUAAUGAGAUGCUCCAAGCUUCGUUGAGAUGUUUGGCAAGACAUGGAAGAUUUUUGGAGAUUGGAAAAGUUGAUUUGUCGCAAAAUUCGUCGUUGGGAAUGUCGAAAUUGUUGGAUAAUGUUUCGGUUCAUGGAAUUUUGUUGGAUUCGAUUAUGGAUCCUACUGUUGGAGAUAUUGUAAGUUUAGAUUUAUCGGGCUGGAAUUCUGGGGUUUUUGAGCCUAAAUAAGCCUAGAUAAGGCUGAAAUUCUGGGUUUUUGAGCCUAGAAAAGCCUAGAUUUAUAAGGCUGGAAAUCUGGACUUUUUGAGCCUAAACAAGCCUAGAUAAGGCUGAAAUUCUCCACGUUUUGAGCCUAGAAAAGCCUAGAUUUAUAGGGCUGAAAUUCUGGUUUUUUUUGAGCCUAAAUAAGCCUAGCUUUUGAAGGCUGAAAUUCUGCACGUUUUGAGCCCAAAUAAGCCUAAAUUUAUCGGGCUGGAAUUCUGGAUUUUUUGAGCUUAAAAAAGCCUAGAAUUUAAAAGCUGAAAAUCCGGAUUUUUUGAGCCCUAGGCUAGAUUUCUGGAUUUUUGAGCCUAAACAAGCCCAAUUUUAUAAGGCUGAAAAUCCGGACUUUUUGAGCCUGAACAUGCCUAGAUUCUGAAGGCUGAAAUUUUAAUCUAGACCUGAAAUCUAGGUUUUUUAAGCUGAAAAAAUCCACAUUUCAGGCUUUGAACUCAAAAUUAUUUUCUCCGGAUUUUCAGCUUUAAAUUCCAGAUUUUUCUAGAAAUGAAAAUUUGUUUUAAAAAUCUCAAAGCUCUUUAAAUUUCGAGUUUUCUCCUAACCCAAUCCCUCUUCAAAAAUCAAUAAACCAACCCCAAAAAUCAUUCCAGGAAGAAUGGAAAGAAGUCGCGAAACUUCUCGAACAAGGAAUCAAGAGCGGAAUCGUUCAACCACUCCACUUCCACAGUUUCACAUCCGAAAAAGCCGAAGAAGCAUUCCGUUUCAUGUCAGCCGGAAAACACAUCGGAAAAGUUAUCAUGGAAAUCCGUCAAGAAGAAUCGAGCCGCACCUCACUCCCAUCCAAAAUCUCAGUUCGCGCAAUUUGCCGUUCACUCUGCCAUCCAAAUCACACUUACUUAAUUACCGGUGGACUCGGAGGUUUCGGUUUGGAAUUGGCUCAAUGGCUGAUUAAUCGUGGAGCUCGCAAACUUGUGCUCACUUCAAGAACUGGAAUUCGUACCGGUUAUCAAGCGAGAUGUGUUCAUUUCUGGAGACGAACUGGUGUUUCGGUUUUGGUUUCCACUUUGAACAUCACCAAACCAUCGGAUUCGAUUGAAUUGAUCAAACAAUGUCAAAGUUUGGGACCAGUUGGAGGAGUUUUCCAUUUGGCAAUGGUUUUGAGAGAUUGUUUGUUUGAGAAUCAAAAUGUGCAAAACUUCAAGGAUGCUGCUGAAGCGAAAUAUUAUGGAACUAUUAAUUUGGAUAAUGCUACUAGAGCUCAUUGUGAUCGUGAUGCUUUGAAAUGGUAAGGAUUUUGAGAAUUUCUAGGGCUUCAAAGCGCCUAGAAGCCUUCUGAAGCCUUCUAGAGCCUCUAGAAGCCUUCUGAAGCCUUUUGAAGCCUUUUGAAGCCUAUUAGAGCCUUCUGAAGCCUUUUGAAGCCUUUUGAAGCCUACAGAACUUUUAUGAAUCGCUCUUAAGCCUUCUGAAGCCUACUAGAGCCUUCUAGAGCCCCUUAAAGCUUUCUGAAGCCCCAUGAAUCCUUCAGAAGCCCCCUAAAGCCCCUAGAAGCCUUUUGAAUCCUUUUAAUGCCCCUGGAAGCCUUCCGAAGCCCCUUAAAGCUUUCUGAAGCAUUCUAAAAAUAUCUGGAGCCUUCUCAAGAAGCCCCCUGAAGCCCCCUAAAGCCCCUCAAACCCUCUCUAAAAUUUCCAGAAGGAUUUUUAAGCCCCCUAAAGCCCCCUAAAGCCUCCCAAGCCCCCUCAAACUCUUCAAAUUUUCCAGGUUCGUCGUGUUCUCCUCAAUCACAUCCGGAAGAGGAAACGCCGGUCAAACCAACUACGGUUGGUCCAACUCGACCAUGGAACGAAUGAUCGAUCAUCGUCGCGCCGACGGCUAUCCAGGAAUCGCCAUCCAAUGGGGAGCCAUCGGAGAUGUCGGAGUCAUUCUGGAAAACAUGGGAGACAAUAAUACAGUUGUCGGUGGAACCCUUCCCCAAAGAAUGCCAUCCUGUCUCUCAUCCCUCGACGCCUUCCUCUCCUGGAAUCAUCCAAUCGUCUCGUCCUACAUCAAAGCUGAUAUGGGAGCCAAGAAAAGUGCCGGUGGUGGAAAUCUGAUGCAAACAAUUGCUCAUAUUUUGGGAGUCAAUGACAUCACUCAACUCAAUCCAGACGCCAAUUUAGGAGAUUUGGGACUCGAUUCUUUGAUGGGAGUUGAAAUCAAACAAGCAUUGGAAAGAGAUUAUGAUAUUGUUCUCUCAAUGAAGGAUAUCCGAACCCUUACAUUAAACAAACUUCAACAAUUGGCUGAGAAUGGUGGAACCGGUGGAACUGCCUUGCAAUCCAAUGAAUUGGAAAUGAAGAAGGAAGGUGAACGCGACGCUGAAUUGAAUACUGUUGAGAUGUUGGAGAAACAAAUGAACCAAUUGUUCAAGAUGCGUGUUGAUGUCAACGAUUUGGACCCUCAAGACAUCGUCGUCAAGACAAACAAAGUUGAAGAUGGUCCAACUGUCUUCUUCGUCCAUUCAAUUGAAGGAAUCGCAACUCCAUUGAAAAAGGUUAUGUCAAAAUGUAACUUCCCAACAUAUUGCUUCCAAUCGACCAAAAAUGUUCCACAAACUUCAAUCGAAGAUGUCGCAAAAUGCUAUAUCCGUGAGAUGAAGAAGGUGCAACCAACUGGACCAUGGAGAAUUGUUGGAUAUUCAUAUGGUGCUUGCAUUGGAUUCGAGAUGGCAACAAUGCUUCAAAAAUCCGACGGUGAAAAGGCUAUUGAGAAGCUGAUUCUUCUUGAUGGAAGUCAUUUGUACAUGCAAACCUACCGUAAUGUUUAUCGUAUGGCAUUCGGUGUUACUGGUGAUACAUUGGUCAACAAUCCAUUGUUCGAAUCGGAAAUUAUGUGCGCUAUGACACUUCGUUUUGCUAAUGUUGAUUAUAAGAAGUUCCGUGUUGAACUUUUGCAACAACCUGGAUUCAAGGCUCGUGUUCAAAAGGUCGUGGAUACUGUUAUGACGACUGGAUUGUUCAAAUCGCCGGAUACUGUUGCUUUUGCUUGUGAAGCUAUGCAUGCCAAAUUCUUGAUGGCUGACAAGUGAGUUUGGGAUCUUUUGAAUCUUCAUGAAGCUUUUAGAAGCCUUCUGAAGCUUUCUAAAGCCUUCUGAAGUCUUCUGAAGCUUUCUGAAGCUUUCUAAAUACUUCUGAAGCCUUCUCGAAAAAAUCAAUAUCCAAAUUUUUUCCAGAUACAAGCCAGGUCGCAAAUUCGACGGACACAUCACCCUGAUCCGUGCCGAACAAGGAGCCGCUCGUGAAGAAGACGUCGGACAAGACUACGGUAUCAGCCAAGUUUCGGAAGACUCGAAGGUUAGUUUUGACCCAGGUUUCUGUGCUCUAGGAGCCCAGGGCUCUGGACCCAAGAGCUCUAAGCCCCGUUAACCAAAUAUUUCUUCCAGGUAUUCGUUGUUGAAGGAGACCAUGACACAUUUGUGCAAGGAAAGAGCUCAGCCAAGACAGUGAGCAUCAUCAAUGAGCUGAUUUUGAAUUAG